CGAGUGAGAUGAGUCAGCUAAGCCGAUAGGAGGCGGUGUAGCUAGCACGCUAACAACGUCAAAGAAGACAUUAGCCAAACAUACAACCUGUGUUAGCUCAUGGGAGAUAUUGGCAGGAGAUUUCCGAAUUGUUCCUGAUGGUUAACGUUUGCUUUUCUGUCUUCUACCUAUUCGGUGAUAGCUAACAGUAUUGGUGAAUGAUGGCAGUAGAGCAGUUUGUGUCAAAGACACUCGAGCUUCUACAGGAGGAGAGGCAGGCUGAAAUAGAGGAGACCAGGAUAUGGCAGGAGAACGUCUCUCUUAAGGAUCUUCAAAAUAAAGGAGUUUGUCUGCUGAAGUUGCAUAUAGGAAGUCAGUCCACAGGCUUGUAUGGUCGAACAGUCAUUGUCCUUGAGCCAAGAAAGCAUCUUGGUUUCUCAUCUCUGCCAAGCAACAGCUUUGGACCUGGGGACAUAGUUGGCUUGUAUGACACUGGGGGAUGCACCGCAGACUCACAGAUUGGCACAGGAAUUGUGACAAGGGUCAGCCAAGCUUCUGUAAGUGUGGCCUUUGAUGAUUCGAAGGAUGGCCUCAGCUUUGACACAGAUGCCCUUUACAACCUCUUAAAGUUGGCAAAUGAUGUCACCUACAAACGAAUGAAAAAGAGCUUGAAUGAACUAAAUGGAUACCACAGUGGACCAGCUGGCAAUUUGAUAAAUGUUCUCUUUGGUAUCACAAAACCUUCCUCUCAGUCGCAGCCAAAUGAGGUUGAAUUCUUUAACUCACACCUGGAUGAAUCCCAGAAGGAAGCUGUGUCCUUUGCUCUGUCUCAGAGGGAACUGGCUGUGAUUCAUGGACCGCCAGGCACUGGAAAAACCACCACUGUGGUGGAGAUCAUUCUGCAAGCAGUCAAACAAGGCCAAAAGGUCUUGUGCUGUGCCUCCUCUAACGUGGCUGUAGAUAAUUUAGUGGAGAGGUUAGCCAGGUGCAAAGCAAAGGUCCUGAGGCUGGGUCAUCCUGCCAGACUGUUGGAGUCCAUACAGAAACACUCACUCGAUGCUGUCCUCGCUCAGAGUGACAACGCAGACAUCAUCGCUGACAUUCGUAAAGACAUCGAUAAAGCUUUUAUGGGAAUGAAGAAGAUGCAUGAGAGAGGAGAGCGAGUGAACUUCAGAAAGGAAAUAGGGGAGCUAAGAAAAGAGCUGAAAACCAGGGAAGCAACAGCCAUUACCCAGAUCCUAAAAAGUGCUGAUGUUGUAUUAUCAACCAACACAGGUGCUUCUGAUGACGGCCCUCUGAAGUUCCUGCCAGCAGAGCAUUUUGAUUGGGUGGUGAUAGACGAGUGCGCUCAGGCCCUGGAGAGCAGCUGCUGGAUCGCCCUGCUCAGAGCACGCAAGUGCAUUCUGGCUGGAGACUACAAGCAGUUACCACCUACUAUCAAAUCACCAAAGGCUGCAUCAAAAGGCCUGUCCCUCAGUCUGAUGGAGAGGCUUAUCCAGAUGUACGGAGACUCUGUGGUCCGCAUGCUUACAGUUCAGUACCGCAUGAACAGCGCCAUCAUGGAGUGGGCCUCCAAAGAGAUGUACCAGGGAAGACUAACGGCUCACAGCUCUGUGGAGAGACAUGUGUUAAAAGAUCUACCUGGAGUUACCUGUGUGGAAGAGACCUGCACGCCGCUGCUUCUCAUUGACACUGCAGGCUGUGGGCUGACUGAGAUGGAGGUCACAGAUGAACAGUCCAAAGGCAAUCAGGGUGAAGUAGACAUUGUUGAACUGCACAUUAAAGCCUUGACUGAAGCUGGGCUUAAAGCUAAAGACAUAGCUGUUAUCGCUCCAUACAAUCUACAAGUUGAUCUACUGCGUCAGAAACUUUUGGUGCAGCAUCCAGAGCUGGAGAUUAAGUCAGUGGAUGGAUUUCAGGGCAGAGAGAAAGAGGCCGUGGUGUUGUCCUUAGUUCGGUCCAACAGGAAAGGGGAAGUUGGAUUUCUGGCGGAGGACAGAAGGAUAAAUGUGGCUGUUACACGUGCCAGACGUCACAUCGCUGUGGUGUGUGACAGCCAAACUGUCCAGAAUCACGCUUUCCUGAAGUCCCUCAUCGCUCAUAUGACUGAGUUUGGCGAGGUCAGAACAGCAUUCGAGUAUAUUCAAGACAUCGUGCCACAAAACUACACUCGCAACCACAAGGACACCAAGACUAAUACGUCCGUCAGCAGCUCUGUGUCCACCAAACAGAAAGGUAAAGACCAGCCUUCCAGCAAGGCCAAGCAAGGACAAAAGAAGCCUGCAGGCAGCAGCGUUAACGGAACUACUGCUAAUGAUCAGCACCAGAAGUCCUGCUUAACAGCACUGACAGUGGAAGAGCAGAACAAGAACAGAUCCACUGAGAUCAGAAAACAGUUGGAGGGCUUUCUAAAGGACUUCAAUCGGAGUGAAUUACAGUUUCCAUCAUCGUUCAACUCUCACGACCGCCUGCUGGUCCAUCAGAUUGCUGAGGAGCUUGGUCUUGUUCAUGAGAGUAAAGGUGAGGGGAAAGACAGGUGUAUCACUGUCUCCAGGCUCCUGCAGUCAACAACAGUUGAGGAGCCAGCAGCAGCAGAAGAAGAAGAAAAAAAGGAAACGGUUCCAAAUCCCCAAACAGAGCCACUGUGUCAACCUUCAUUAGACUUAAAAAGUUUGCAUUUGGAGCGAAUGAAGAGGGAGCAGCAAAAAAGGGAAGAACAUGCUCAGCAAAAGAAGCAACAGAACAACACCCCGACAGCUUCAUCAUCAAAGAAGCCCAAAUCGACUAAAGGUUUUCAGUUUUUUUUAAGAGUUUUUAAGAGUAACCUGUCUGCUCCAUUAUAUUUGCAACAAUUCAAAGCUACCAUUUCUCUCCCAGGGAAGAACAAAACGAAGGCCGGAGCCUGCGACAUCGCUGCUGCCGCUGCUCCAGACGAUGACUUUGAUGCACUUAUUGACGCUGUCAAAAAGGCUGACAGCGUGUGCAGUUUUGUUAAAUGCAAAGCUUCUGUGCUGACGCUCGGACAGCUUUGCUUGUUCUGCAACAGACAGUAUUGUCUCAGUCAUCAUAUACCCGAGGUACACGGCUGUGGUGAUAAAGCCAAGUCUCAUGCUCGGAUGAGAAUAAGCAAAGAAGGCAUUCUUUAUGCCGGGAGUGGGAAGAAAGACAAAUCCACGGACCCCAAUAAGAAAGCCUAUCUGCAAAGGAAACUGGACUCUAAGCUAAAAGAUAUGGCAUCACAGAGGAAACCAAAAAAAGAGGACAGUAAAUGAUACCAAAUCAGGUUUAGAAAUGAACUGAAGACUUGGUCUUGAAUAUAAAUAAACUAUCUAAAUGUUU